AUUCCGCCGCCGCCGAUGGGCCGAAAGAAGCGAACCCCCGCAACAAACCCUACUCCGCCCCCGACCGACGCCCCCCGCCGGCCGGCGGCGGGGGGCGGCGGGGACGACGCCGCCGUGCGCGCCGAGGUCGAGAAGGCGCUCGCGUGCCUGCAGCGCGGGAGCCACGCGCGGGCGCUGCGCCGCAUGAAGGACGCCGUCGCCCGCCACGGGGAGGGCGCCUCGCCGCUCCUCCUCCGCGCGCACGGCACCGUGCACGCCCGCGCCGCCACCGUCCUCGACGACCCCGCCGCCCGCGCGCGCCACCAGCGGGCCGCGCUCCAGGCGGCCCAGCGCGCCGUCGAGCUCGCGCCGGACUCCGUCGAGCUCGCCCACUUCCACGCCAUGCUGCUCUACGACGCCGCCACCGACGCCCGCGGCUACGAGGAAGUCGUCUCCGAGUGCGAGCGCGGGCUCAGCAUCGAGGCCCCCUCCGACCCCGCUCCCCACUCCCUCAGGCUGCCCGGCCCGGACGUCGACCAGGUCCAGUCUGAGCUGCGCAACCUGAUCCAGAAGGCCAACCUCGCCUCCAUCUCCACCUGGGUCAAAACCCUGGGCGGCGCGGGGGACGACAAGCUUCGCCUCAUCCCAGUGCGCCGUAUUGCUGAGGAACCCAUGGAGGGCCGCCUUGUCCCCUCGAUGCCCUCCCCGCGCCGCCCAAACGAGAUCAAGAAGUCCACCAAGACCCCCGAGGAGCGUCGCCAGGAGAUCGAGGUACGGCUGGCUGCAAUAAGGCUACUGCAGCAGCAGAAGGAGCAGAGCAAUGGUGCUGUGGCUGCCACCCCCACUUCUUCUCAAUCGCAGGGAGAUGAGGCCCCCUCCUCCUCAUCUCAGUCAUCUGUGGGUGGACAUCGUGCUGACCGGAGGAGAGGCGGCUCUAGGAAAGCCACGAUUUCAUCUGCUUCUGAUCGGAUGGACCAGGUGCGUGCCUACUGGGGCGCAAUACCAGUGGAGCAAAGGCUUGCAUUCUUAAACACCAGCAUUUCUGAGCUCAAGUCACACUAUGCUGCUGCAAUGCAUAAGGAGAAAGACGCUGCCAAUAUGGCAUCUGACGUGCUUAAUGAGGUGCUAGGGUUUGCCGCCAAGAGUGGUAAGUGGGAGUUCUGGAUAUGUAGCAGGUGCCGGGAGCAGUUUGCGGAUGCAGAGUCACACCGGUUGCAUGUGCUGCGGGAGCAUGUUGGCAUACUCUCACUUGAGCAGCAGGAUAUGGUGCCGCAGGAGAUCGAUGCUGACUGGGCAGCAAUGCUCAUUGGUUGGAACUGGAGGCCAUUGGACGCUACUGCAGCAUUGAAACUGCUUGAGGAAGAGCAAGCCGACAAUCUUGGCCUGGAUAGGGACAAGGAUUCCAUGUCAUCGGACAAUUGGAGUAACAAAGACAAAUCGGACACGUCGGAAUCAUCAGUCUCGCCACAUAAUGAGGAGUGCGAUGGUUUUGGAGUGGUGACGAGGGAAGGUGACCGUAAGUGUCCACUCCCGGAUGAUGGUGAAAGGGCAAAUAUUUUAGAGAGGAUCCAUUCAUUGUUCCAAAUCCUUGUGAAGAACAAGAAUCUUUCAGUGACCAAUCUGAACAAGGUGAUACAAUUUGCUAUAGAGGAACUCAAGGGGUUGCUGUCUGGGUCACUGUUGCUUAAUCACCCAUUGGAUGACUCACCGCUUUGCAUUUGCCUUUUAGAGGUAUCAUCACUGAGGAAGGUACUAAAAUUCUUGCAGGACCUGAUGCAGUCCUCUGGACUCAAUAGGCACUUAGAGAAGGCUGAAGGCCUAGGUGAUGGGGAUACUUUCCCCAAAAAUCACGAUGUGCUGGAGAAGGUUACACUUAAUUCUGAUUCAUCAGAACUGAUCAUUGAUGGAGAGAGUUUUGGUGGAAAGUUUGACUCCGAGAAUGUUGAUACUGAUGCACUGCUUUCAUGGUUGUACGCUGGAUCUUCAAUUGGAGAGCAGCUAUUGUGUUGGAAUCGUAUGCUUGAGGAAAGAUCAAAUCAGGGAAUCGAUCUUCUCCGGGCACUUGAGAGGGAGUUCAACAGCUUGCAGAACUUAUGUGAACGGAAGCUUGAACAGCUGAGGAAUGAGGAGGCUUUGAUUUCUGUAGAGAGCAUCUUUGCUGAAGAGCAAGCAAAAAGGAAUGGGAGGGGGCCGUUCAUUGGGUACGAGGAGCUCCUCAGGAAGCGGCAGGGGGUGUUGUUCGAGUGCAAUGCUGAGGAUCUGACUAACAGCAGCAGAUAUGAGUUGGAUGCAGUCUCAGCUAUUUUGAAGGAACUUCACACAUCGCACUUUGGUUAUGAUGAGGCUCUUUCUAGCAUGGCCCCACGCCUUUGUGACUUCGAUGGGUUAGACGAUGAGGAUUGGAGUAUGCAUGAUUUGAUGCAUCCAACUUCAAAUGAUUCAGUGGUAGAGGUGAUUGUUUCAAAGAUGAAAGAGCAAAUUACUAUGGAGCUUAGCAAGGUAGAUGCUAAGAUAAUGCGAAAUGUAGCUGUGAUGCAUCAACUGGAGCAUGAUCAUGGACGUUCUUCUUCUCUUGAUUAUCGAAUGAUUCUUGUACCUCUCAUGAAAUCGUUCUUGCAAGCCCAUUUGGAAGAGCUGGUGGACAAGGAUGCCAGAGAGAGAUCUGAUGCUGCAAGGGAAGCCUUCCUGGCUGAACUUGCCUUGGAUGCUAAGAAGAAUGCUAGCAAAGGGGGUGACAUGAAACAAUACCAUGAGAAAUCGAAGGAUAAGAAUAAGUUGAAGGAUUCUCGGAGAUCGAAGGACCUCAAGGAUUCAAGCUGGAGUGGCCAGAAUCUUGUUCAUGAAGACAGUGCUGAUGAGGAAACAAGAGAGAAGUUUCAACUUGUUGCUGAUUGUGAUGAUUUGGACUGCAAACUCUCAACAAGUGAUGAUUACUUCAAUGAACAAGAGGAAGAACUUAGGCGUAGAGUACAACUUGAAGCAGAGGAAAGAAAGCUGGAAGAGGCUCUGGAAUAUCAACGAAGGAUAGAGGAGGAAACAAAACAGAAGCAUCUUGCCGAACAAUUUAGAAGUACCUAUGCAUCUUCUGUUGUUGGGACUGCUGGUCUUUUAAGCUCUGGGAAUUUAAACCGUGCUCAAGAUUACCGUGAAAGUGCAUCCACUAACUCUUCGCUUGCUUAUCUAGAAGGCAUAAAGUUUGGCGACUUUCGCUAUUCUGAAGUUCCAUUGCGUGAACACUCUAACUACACUGAGAACAAUUUCAGGGAGAAACAUAAUGGAUUGGAUUCACCUGGGGCGCAUGCAUUAACUAGCAGUGAUAUGAGUGUUUCUAAGUUAACAUUGGGAAUGAAUGGGAUUUGGAAAAAUGCACAACAUAUAAAACCUCAGGAUAACCCUAGCUUCCAAAAGUCCAGGAAAAGUACCAGCGAAGCACAAAAGAAGCACACCCAAGGUGUGCCUGGUGCUAUUUAUGAUGAUAAUGGUGAUGAUAGGGCAUCUGAUCCCCAAUUUGGUAUGACAACUGCUAGAUGGAGCAGCACUGGUAAAACACCUCCCUAUGCAAAUCACAGCUAUCAUGAUGGAAAGCAGAAUAAGCUGCAUGUGUUGCCUUCAGAUGAUCGACAGUUUGUUAAUAAAGGACACUCUGCAGGAACAGAGGAGCCAAAUUGUGAGAAAGUUGGCAGUGAUGCAAUUCCCUCAGCAGAUGUCUGCAUUGAGGAAGAUUUUGAUAAAAGGUUUCAAGAAGACCUCGAUGAAGCUGUGCGCCAAAGCCUUGGUUAUGAUACCUAUUCUGCUGGUACAAUAAGCACUUCAAAUGGGACAGAAGUGUAUGGGGCUGGCCUUAAAAAUGCUGCUGGUGAAUACAAUUGUUUCUUGAAUGUGAUUAUUCAGUCAUUAUGGCAUAUAAGGCGGUUUCGAUACGAGUUCCUUAAAACAUCAUCACUGCACAAGCAUGUUGAAGAUCCUUGUGCUGUCUGCGCAUUAUAUGAUAUCUUCAUUGACUUGAGCAAAGCUUCCAAGGGUCAAGGAGAAGCUGUUGCGCCUACUUCUUUGAGAAUUGCUUUGAGCAAAUCCUACCCAAACAGCAAAUUCUUUCAGGAGGGGCAAAUGAACGAUGCAUCUGAGGUACUGGGAGUAAUCUUCGAGUGUUUGCAUAAGUCGUACACUUCUCGCACUGUCUGCCAUGGUAAAUCUCAUGAGAAGAAUUCGAUUGGAUCAUGGGAUUGUGCAAAUAUUUCUUGCCUAGCACAUAAUCUUUUUGGAAUGGACGUAUAUGAAAGGAUGAACUGUCACAAUUGUAAAUUGGAGUCUAGACGCCUCAAAUAUACUUCAUUUUUCCACAAUAUCAAUGCUAGUUCACUCCGAACUGCAAAGAUAAUGUGUCCAGAUUAUUCAUUUGAUGAACUUUUGAAGGUUGUAGUAAUGAAUGACCAACUAGCUUGUGAUCAAGAUGUUGGUGGCUGUGGAAAACCGAAUCAUAUACACCAUAUUCUUUCUAGUUGCCCGCAUGUUUUUACAGUUGUUUUGGGAUGGCAGAACAACAAAGAGAGUGUGGAUGACAUAUCUGCAACUUUGGCUGGUAUUUCAACUGAGAUAGACAUUAGCAUAUUCUACCGUGGUCUAGAUCAAGGAAGCAAACACAGUCUAGUGUCAGUGGUUUGUUACUAUGGCCAGCAUUAUCAUUGUUUUGCUUUCAAGGAUGGACGGUGGAUCAUGUAUGAUGACCAGACAGUUAAGGUUAUUGGUAGUUGGGGUGAUGUGGUUGUGAUGUGUGAAAAGGGUCAUUUGCAACCACAGGUGCUUUUCUUUGAGGCUGCAAGUUAGUUAUGCUUCGGCUUCAUGAGUGCUGUGCAAUGGUUAACAUGCCCUCAGAUAUAUAGGUUUUUCCCUGUGGUCGUGAAGAUUAGAAAUAGAAUAGCAAAUUCGUUGAGUGGGGGGAUAGAGCAGUAUCCAACAGUUGCAUUGGUCCGUCAGUUGAGCCCUUAAUAAGCAGUCAUCUGAGCAUACAAGGGCAGAAAGAGAGCUGAUUAUCCUUGUCUCUUAUUUUCCCUUAAUCUUGGGUAUAGUUUCUGAGCCUCUGACCCUUCAUCUGCCAAUAAGAUUUCACCGCCGAUCAAGUGGGUUUGGGGCACUCGCACUGCCAUCGAACAAGUCUACCUGAAUCUGUCAAAAGCUCGUCUUUAUGCACCAACUAUGUAUAGAAUUUUGUGCUUACAAUGCGGUGUCUGGUAUAGGAUCGUUUGUUUGCUGUCGUAAGGUUUCUAAUGGGAGGAAACGGAAGGCAAGAUGUGGUGUCAGCUGUAUUCAUUCAUCGAGAAAUGUUUGGAAUAGCAACACCACUUGGAUAUGGUACUACCUCCGGGAAGGUAUCUUGUUCCGAGAAAUGUGUAAAUCAUGAGUCUACAUAGAAUGACUCGAUGAGAUUGUGAUAUGGUUAUAGGCAAUGGAUAACAGAAUCCUUGUGACUACUGUUGGUGCCUCUUUGACUGACUGGCGGCAGCAACCAAAAAAUGCUGCCGCUGCUGUUA